AAAUAGUGAUAAAGAUAUGCGAAUUGCGGAUCAAAUUGAAUGAAUUGAAUGAUCUGAACGAACAGUUGUAUGUUUGCGGACAUAAACUCAUUGCCGAGAAUGAGACCAAAAGCAGUUCACAACUGGUCUGCGAUCAAUGCCUCAAACGAACCAAAGCCAAGAUAUUUGGGCUCAAGAAGAAUGACAACUAUUUACUCGUCUGUCAGUUCUGUCACUUCGUUGUCCACCGUUUCUGUCAAAACAAUCAGUUAAUGAGAAAGUGUCCGAAAGUGAUGUUUGAAGAAAGUGCUGUCACUUACAAACAGAUGUAUAAUUCACGAGAUGUUAUCUUAAAGAUCUGUCCAGAAGUGGGUCUCUCUCACCAGGAUUUUCGGUGCGCCGAAUGUAAAGCACUUCUCAAUCAUAGGAAUAGUUAUAUUUGUGAUUACAAUGGACUCUAUUAUUGCAAUUGUUGUCAUUUCGGUGAAUCCAAUUCAGUGGUAAUUCCCGCCCGUAUUAUCCAUAACUGGGACUUCACUC